AUGGCUAAAGUUGGCAAGGGCUAUCAAAUUCCAUUAUCAUGGGUUCCAGCAAAAGGUGGUCCUAUCCCAGAAAGAGCAAUUAGUAUUGCUGAUGGUGUCUUUGUUGUUCGAUGUCGACAUAAUGGUCAAUGGAUUCCUGGAAAGGCUAUCAAAGGACACUCUACAAGUUAUUAUGGAAAUGGUGGACAAGAGAUACAAUGUACAGAAUAUGAAUUUUUGUGUGACAGUAGAUUUCCACAAUCUAAAAGCUGUUAUGAAUGGCUACCAGAAAAGGGUGGCAGAGUGCCAAAAAACGCUAUCGUCGCAGGUAUGGUAGGCCUUUCGCCAGUGUAUGUCGCCAAAGGAGUUGUAAAUGGAAAACAAUGUGUUGGAAAGGUUCAUGAAGGUCAUACAUGUGCUCAUCUACCAAGUCAUGGAGUGGAGUAUCCAGUAGAUGAAUAUGAAGUCUUAGUUUUGAAAAAAAAGAAGAAAGAAUGA